GUUGGGAAGUGGCGGGGUUUGUGAGUUCACCCGGUGGGCGCUGGCUGCGGAGGUUGGGGUCGGCCGUGGCCCGCGGGAUGGUGGGCUCCCCUAUGGGACUUUCCAAAAGCAAGGCCGAGUACAGGAAAGGUGAGGAGCAGAAGAAGGGUUCUUCCCACUGUUUUGAAAAAAAGCCUAAGGACAAAAUGAUGGAGAAGGGGUCCCGGGAACCCAAACAAGCAGACGGGGAGGCCGGAAAGCCCGCGGACAGCCCUCUGGCGACGGUGGCAGCCGCGCACAAACCGCCGAGCCUUUCCUGGGAAGAGAAACUCAACGCGAAGCAGAAGUCAAGCAAGAAGAAAAUGGUCAUUCCACAGAUCAUCAUCACUCGGGCCUCCACCGAGAGCCUGAGCAGCUACAGUUCUCUGGGGAGCGAGGAACAGAGGACCAUUCAGGAGCAGGCCGACUGGGGCCCCUACUCUCGACACAGGAACCCCAGCACUGCUGCCGCCUUUAGCCCCCAGAUCAAGGAAUAAAUGCACCA